AUGGUGGUUAUCGGGGUUAUGGCGGAUAUGGAGGAUAUCGAGGAUAUCCUCGCUAUGGAGGAUAUUACAGGCGUCCAUGGGGCUAUGGAGGCUAUGGUCGACCAUACGGUUAUGGAGGAUACGGUGGAUACCCUGGAUAUGGAUAUGGUGGAUAUGGAAGAGGAGGAUUCCUACCUGGUCUAUUCACUGGAUUGCUCUUGGGAUAAAUCGUUCGAUGGCGGCUCUACAUAG